UCGGUUUCCGAUCAGUGUCAGUGUGCCCCACGGCGUGGAGGAGAACGCACGCACCACGUCGCGUCGAAUUAGAAAUAUUCGUUAUGCGUGCCGGUACGAAGUGCUUGUGACUGUGAAUUUAAAAAUUAAUUAACUUAAAAUAACUAUAAUAAAAAAAUAAGAGGUAUUUUUCAUAAAAUUAACACUAAUUCAGUUAAAAUUUUCAAAUGAAUCAAAGUGUUAACUUGACAGAAAGUGAUUGAUCGUUGCGGUUUUUCGGUUUCGGUACGAUACGAUAAAUUUCCAUUUGCAAUGCGAAUUUGUUUUACUAAAAUAAAUAAGAGAAAAUAUUUUUAAAAUAGUGUUUUUUUUUAGUGUUUACAUAGAGUGGAUUAGAUGUAUCACAUAAAAGUGUUUUUGACGAGAGGGUGGUGUUUACCACUUUUGAUUUUGGUGAUUUUAGUGACCAAGGUACUAGGAUAUGUGGAAACCGAGGAGUUUAUUAGUGACCUUGACAAACCAGUACCAACAGCGAACGUCCAAGGUGUACUGGGGAAGAAAGCGGCGCUACCGUGCGACAUCCAGCCCCUUGCUGCUGGAGACCAGGUCUCCAUGGUGCUGUGGUUCAAAGAGAGCGACGGGGAGCCGCUGUACAGCUACGACGUGCGCGGUCGCCUUGCCUCGCAGCCCAAGCUCUGGUCCUCACCCGCCGGCUUUGGGUCUCGCGCGUAUUUCCGCGCGGCCUCGACGGCGGUACUCCUGGUUGAGGCCGUGGCGGCCUCGGACGCUGGAAUGUACCGGUGCAGGGUGGACUUUAAGAACUCGCCUACGAGGAACAUGAGGUUGAACUUUACCGUUAUAACUCCUCCAAACCGGCCAACGAUAGUGGACACCAAGACCAAAGACCAGACUCGGCUGCUGCAGCCAUACAACGAGGGUGACACCUUGGAACUCAGUUGUGAAACCUAUGGAGGUGACCCCCGUCCCCGCCUCACCUGGUACCUCGAGAACACAGUCAUCGACGACUCGUUCGAGCAGCGAGAUGGCGUGACCGUCAACACACUGACGUUCCCCAACGUGGGCCGGCAGCACCUGAACGCGCGGCUGGUCUGCCAGGCCGCCAACACCAACUUGGCGCCGCCGCAGACUAAGAUGCUCAUAUUGGACAUUAACUUGCGUCCCCUCACGGCGGCCAUCUUGAACAAAAGCGGCCAGCUACGCGCGGACCGGCCUCAGGAGGUGGAGUGCCAUUCCACGGGAUCGAGGCCUGAGGCUGUGCUGACGUGGUGGAAGGGCGGACGCCAGAUCAAGAGGGGGGUGAAAAACUUCUCAGAAUCCAACGCUACCACCAGCAUUCUCCACUUCGUGCCAGAGGCGGAAGACCACGAGGCAACGCUGGUCUGCCGAGCGGAAAACCCUCGGAUAGCGGACGCGGUCGUUGAAGACAGGUGGACGCUCAAUGUGCACUAUGUUCCCGUAGUGACGCUGAGGAUGGGUUCCAGCCUGAACCCUGGUCAUAUCAAAGAAGGGGACGACGUGUAUUUCGAGUGCAGUGUCAAGGCCAACCCGAAGAGUUAUCGACUCACCUGGUAUAAAGGGGACAAAGAGAUCACCCACAACACUAGUUCCGGCAUCAUCCUCAGCGACCAGAGUCUGGUGCUGCAGAGCGUGAACAGGACAGCUGCCGGCGACUAUAGCUGUCUCGCUUCUAACACCGAAGGCAGUGCUACUAGCAACCCCGUCUCACUGCAAGUCAGAUACGCCCCCGUGUGCAAGGUGGUGGAUGAUGGCGAGGUCUACGGAGCCCUGAAGCAGGAGACGGUCCAGCUCCUCUGCUCGGUAGACUCCAACCCUGCUCCUAUAAGCUUCACGUGGACUUUCAACAGUUCAGGGGAGCAGACUCAAAUACCAGCUGGGUCUUACACAAAAUCGGGAUUCGCGUCAACGCUCCGCUACACUCCAAUCACAGACAUGGACUUUGGUACCAUAUCGUGUACAGCCACCAACACUGUAGGACGACAGGAAGCCCCUUGUGUAUACAAGGUGGUAGCUGCUGCUGGUAAGCCGAUGCAACUGCACAACUGCUCAGUGACGAACCAAAGUGCUGUUGGUUUCCAAGUGGAGUGCUUGGAAGGCUUUGAUGGAGGUCUACCGCAGGUCUUCUAUAUGGAGGUGCUGGAAUUACCAUCUCUGCUGGUCCAUGCCAACGUAACCUCAAACAGUUCCACUUUCGAAGUGAAACUAGAUGGAAGGUCGAGCUACGCGUUGAAGCUAUACGCCGCAAACGCCAAAGGACGGAGCGAAGCGGUGACUUUGUACACUGUGGCUAUAAGGUCACCUGACAAGUUUACUGGAGCGAGCACAAACCUACCGUUGUCACCAAUGCUAGCGUCUCUAGUGGCGCUAUCAGCAUUGCUAUGUGCUGCUGUCUGCGGCGUCAUAACAGCGUUAUAUCGGCGGCAUAUGACGCGCCGACACCACUUAGACAAGCAUCCGCCGUCAGCAAGCACCCUCUACAUGCAACGAAGCCUCGAGUUCUCGAAGCCGGAGAGUUUAAACACAUACACGGCGACGCCCAAACUCGACUACUGCAGUCGGUACGAGCUGAAGAUAGAUCAGGUCGAGGAUUCAGACCCUGACAUCAUUCCGUGUCAUUACGAUAAGAAAUGCAGCGAUUACUGCAAGCAGCCGCUGCCUCAGUCCGAAAGCGACCCGCUGAGGCAGUACAGCGACCAGCCUCUACCUCCUAGUAUGUCUUCACAGAGCAUAUCGGUGGUGAACCGCGGUGUCACCGCCCGCAGCGCUGAUAUCGCCUCAGCGAGGUUCCGGCCAGAAGUGGUCACCACCAGCAGGCGGGUCAAGGAAAGUUGCAUCUAG